AUGGCGGACUUUUUGAUCGCCGUGCUCGCAACUACCUCGCGCGGGAUUUCAGACAGCGAUAUUUCCACCCUGUGCAGCAAACUCGGAAUGACCUCUGCCCUAAUUGCCGAUGCCCUGUCUCGUGCUCAGCAGGCACUGGAAUACCUACAACGAUACAAAACGUCCCGCGACCCCCAAAUGCCACUACCCCGUUGGGCCGUCAGGUUGAACAAGAACGGAUCUGAAUUUCCGAUGUCUCGGGAAGUGUCUCUGCAGCUUGAUCCGAAGAGGUGGAGCAUUGUCAAAGACAGCCCAGGCAUCCCGUACAAACUCGUUCCGUAUGUUUGCUUUUGUCCGCUAUGCGGGAUGCAGAACACCGACUUUCAGCAGCGACUGGUCGAUUCGCAGAGAGCAGGAGAAUUGCAGGCCUACGCACUCCUCGUGGGAGAAAAUGGCCAACACUAG